AUGGCUUGGAGACGGGAAAAAGUUGAUGCCCCGCGAUCAAUCAUCAGUCAUAUCCUCCCCCUUGCCAUCACGCUCCUAUUUCUAGCAUUGUUCGGCUGGGUCAGCUAUCAGAUCUACCAGUCCGUGAUGCAAAUUAAGGCGCAAGCCAAGAAGCAGAUGGGAGACAGGAAUGUGGUCUUCACCAAAGACGGAGUGCGCGUGGGUGUCCAGCACGUCGAGGACGAAGAUUACCUUGACGCAACACAAAGCUGGUUUGUCAAGGCUUGGAACCUGGGCUCCAAUCCCGAGGUUGAAAAGCACAGAAAGAACAGAUGA